AUGGCGUCAUCUUUCUUUUCUGAUUUUGGCCUGAUGUGGUACCUGGAGGAGCUCAAAAAGGAUGAGUUCAGAAAAUUUAAGGAGUUCCUAAAACAGGAGCCUCUGAAGCUUGGACUCAAGAUAAUUCCCUGGACUGAAGUAAAGAAGGCAACACGGGAAGAUCUUGCAAACCUGCUGAUGAGGCAUUACAAGGAACAGCAAGCAUGGAAUGUGACUUUCAGCAUCUUUAACAAGAUCAAUAGAAAAGAUCUCUGUGAGAAGGCAAAGAAAGAGAUCACAGGACACACAAAGUUGUACCAAAUGCACGUGAAGGAGAAAUUCAACAACAUGUGGCUCAGAGAAUCUAUCCCCAGGAUUCAAGAUCACUUACAUCCUGAACUCACCCAGAGAGAACGUGAAUGCUUGGAACUGUUUUUUGCUCCUAAGGAAACUGGGAAACAGACACGGACGGUGCUCCUCAAAGGAGUACAAGGGAUUGGGAAGACAACAUUCCUGAUCAGGCUGAUGUUGGCCUGGGUGGAGGGCAACCUCUACCAGGAGAGAUUCUCCUAUGUUUUCUACCUCUGCUGCCGGGAAAUGAAGCAGUUGACAGAGACCAGUUUGGCUGCACUCCUCUCUAGAGGCUGGUCUGACUCCUCCACUCCUUUUGUGGAGAUCCUGUCCCAACCAGAGAGACUCUUGUUUCUCAUAGACAGCUUCGAAGAACUGAAAUGUAGCCUGAGUGAACCUGAGUCGGAUCUGUGCAGCGACUGUAUGGAGCAGGUGCCAGUACAGGUGCUCCUGAGCAGCUUGCUGAGGAAGAAAUUGCUCCCCGAGUCUUCGCUGCUCAUCACUGCUGCACCUGUGUACCCCCAGGAAGUUGAGGAUAGGUUGGAGUGCCCAGAAAUUAGAACACUCCUGGGAUUCAGUGACAGUGAUAAGAAGAUCUAUUUCUGCUCUAUGUUUCAAGACCGGAAUAGAGCCAUGGAAGCCUUCAGUUUCAUGAGAGAAAAUGGGCAUUUGUUUAUCAUGUGCCAAAUCCCCAUCCUUUGCUGGAUUGUGAGCACUUGUCUGAAGCAGGAAAUGGAAAAGGGGAAAGACCUGGCGCUGACCUGCCGACGUACCACCUCUCUUUAUAGCUCUUUCAUCUUUAACUUGUUCACGCCCAAGGGGGCUAGCUGUCCAGAUGAGCAAAGCCAAGGCCAGUUGAAGGGCUUGUGUUCCCUGGCUGCAGAGGGUAUGUGGACCAACAUGUUUUUGUUCAGUGAAGGGGACCUCAGGAGAAAUGGGUUAGUUGAUUCUGACAUCUCUACGUUGCUGGACAUAAAGGCUCUUCAGAAGUGCAAGGAGGAGGAGAACUCCUACAUGUUUCUCCAUGUAAGCGUCCAGGAGUUCUGUGCCGCCAUGUUCUAUUUUCUAAAGAGCCACAUGGACCAUCCUAACCCAGCUAUUGGAUGUAGAAAGGCUGUGCUAUUUACCUAUUUGAAGAAAGAAAAGGUACAUUGGAUUUCUUUGGGGUGUUUCAUAUUUGGCCUUUUAAAUGAAAAGGAACAAGAAAAGCUGGAUACAGUUUUUGGCUUUCACCUGUCCCAGGAGAUACAGCAGGAAUGUCACCAGUGCUUGCAGCGCAUAGGUGAGAACAAGCAUCUUCAGAAACAGAUCUUGGCAUUGUGUUACUGUCUGUUUGAGAUGCAGAAUGAAGUUUUUGUGCAGUGGGCAAUGGACUUCUUCCAAGAUGUUCACUUUACCAUCACAGACCACAUGGACUUGCGGGUUUCUGCCUACUGCUUAAAAUACUGUUCCAAUUUGCAGAAGCUUUGCUUCUCCAUCCAGAAUGUCUUUCAAGUGGGAAAUGCAGACAGCUCUGUGUCAAGUUACAAUAUCCUCUGUUGGCAUGAUAUCUGCUCUGUGCUCACUACAAAUGAGCACCUCAGAGAACUCCAAAUGAGUCACAGUAUCCUCAGUGAGUCAACCUAUGCAACUUUGUGUCAUCAGCUGAGGCAUCCCAGCUGUCACCUUUAAAAGCUUCAGAUGAAUAAUGUUACCUUCGCUGGUGACAGGUGGCUUUUCUUUGAGGUGCUCACUCAUAGUCCAGAUUUGAAAUACCUGAACCUCAGUGGUACAACACUCUCGCGCAAUGAUGUGAAGUUGCUCUGUAAUGCCCUCAACAGUCCAAUGUGCAAUGUAGAAGAACUACUGCUGGCAAAUUGUCACCUUUCAGCAGAUGAUUGUGAAGCCUUUACCUGCGUCCUAAACAGCAGCAAGAAGCUGAAGCUUCUUAAUGUAUCCUACAACUACCUGGACCAAGGGGUACCCCUGCUGUGUGAGGCCUUGCAGCACCCUGACUGUGGUCUAGAGGGCUUGAUAUUAGGUUACUGUUACCUCACUGAACACUCCUGGAAAUACCUCUACAACGUUCCUCUGUAUAACAAAAGCUUGACCCAUCUAGACCUCAGUGCCAACGUCCUGAAAUAUGAAAACUUGAAACUUCUCUGUGAGGCCUUGAAGCAGCCAGGCUGCCACCUGUGGUCACUGUGUUUGGUGAAAUGUUCCAUCACCGCUGAUGGCUGUCGAGACCUCGCCUCAGUCCUCACUGGCAAUCAGAACUUGGCAAGUCUACAAAUCAGCUACAAUGACAUAGAAGAUGCUGGUGUGAAGCUGCUGUGUCAAGGUCUAGCACAUCCCAGCUGUCACUUAGAGAUUCUUGGGCUGGCUACAUGCAAGUUAACAAGUGCCUGCUGUGAGGACCUCUCUAGUGCCCUCACCAGCAGUAAAACCCUGCAGAGUCUGAACCUGCAAGGAAACGCCCUGGACCACAUGGGAGUGGCAGUGCUAUGUGAAGCCCUGAGACACCCAGUGUGCACCCUGCAGAUUCUAGGGCUACAAAAAACUGAAUUUGAUGAGGAAACCCAGAGACUUCUGACAGUUGCAGAAGAAGAAAAUCCCUCCUUGACAGUUAUAGGUGACUGGUGACUCCUCCUGACCCAAGUGACCUACAAAGAAAAGUUAUUGGAGCCCUUACUCAUGCCUACUCUGUCCCCAAGAAUUACAGUUCCAGA